AUGUUCGACGCCUCAGCAGCACAGCGAGUGCGGGCUUUCAAUUACGCUCCGCUUGUUUUCGCGUUUAUCCACUGGACGAUGGGCCUCAUGUACAUCUUCUACGUCUCCUCACUCUUCUUCUUCGUUCGUGACGUGCUGCGACCCGGUGUUCUCUGGUUCCUGCAGGAUUUCAAUGACCCCGACUACAAGCCAGUCCAGGAGAUGAUAUCUAUGCCGGUGCACACUUACAUUCAGCGACUUAUGGUGAACGUGGUAAGUUGGCUGGUACAUAAUGAUAUUCGGUUGUCAUUAUUUUCUUCUUUACUAUAUAACUAUACGUAA